AUUGCAAUUCGCAAGCGAUGUGAUUGGAAAGUCCUUAAUUGUUAAUCAGCUGUUAUCGCAUUUUUCGCGUUUAGAUUCGCUCUCAUCCAAUCCAUCCGCCUCACUACAAUGAUCGCCGCUAGCUGACUUGACUACUGCGGCGUCAGAUGUGCGGCUACGGCGCUUGUUCCGGCGAUGGGAUGUUUUUUCGGUUGUUUCCGGCUAGGCCGCUUUGGUUCCGCAGCUGAUCGUCAUCUUCCUCCCUCUGAUAAUGCCUCUCCCUCUCCAUGUGUCUCUGGUGCCAACGAACCUGUUGCCUCAAGGAAUCGGAGUCCACUUUCUUCAUUAUUUAUUUCUGAAGAAAAUGAAGAGCAAAGUAGUUUGCAGACCAUGGGAGUAGAGAAGCUGGGCUGUCCAACUCCAGUGCUUGAGUUGGAUGUAAAUGAGCUCAAGGAUCAGGCCAAGUUCCUGAAAGCCUGUGGAACCUUACCUGAGACCCCAAUUGAAAUUCGAAAACUCUCCAUUAAAGGAAAUAAUAAAUGCAGGGUGGAUUUGUCACCUCACAAGGCGGAACUUGAUCAACCUUUGAAAUUUGGUUCAUGGCUCCCUGACACACCUGUUGAGAACCAAGAUCUGGAAUUACAGCCUAACAACUCUCCUAAACCUACAAAAGUUUGCGAUGAAUGGGUAAAGGGAUCAGGCUCUUCCCUCCAUACACCUAGCAGCUGCAUGACUUAUGAGGAAGAGAGUAAUAGUAUUUCAAUCUCAUCAUCUCCGCCUCCAACAGUGCCAUCAGUAACUGCUUGUAGACAGAGACAUGUUCAUUUUGACUGCCAGUCUGACAGAAAGCCUACUGAAGUCACUAGUCGAAACACAAAGCCUUCUCCCUACCCAACUCCUAUGAAGCUAACUGAUGAGAUGCAAACACCUGGUACUGUUUUUUCAACACAUCUGCCAAACGGUAAGAAUCCCCGCAUCAGGUCACAGUACGUGUAUGCCGUUCUAAACCCCAUUGAGAAUGUUUCUCAGUUGAAGAAGGUGACAGAUGAAGAAGAUUUCGUAUCCAUUCAAGAUUCUAAUUCCAAAUCAUCGCUAAGUGAAGUGAACUUAACCCCAAAAACAGGACUCACAGAGACAACGGAGAACAAUGUGAAUGUUGAAGCAAGUCUGUCUUCUUGGUUGAAACAGCCUUUCAACCAACAAACUGGUGCUCAUAGCGGCAUACCUCAGGGAGAUCGGCCGAUACUUGGAAUGGUUGCUGCUCAUUGGACUGAAAGUAAAGUAACCCAUGUCUCGCCUAAAUGGUGGGAUGGAAACGGAAUCCCAAAUUCUACCCAUAAGUACAAAGAGGAUCAAAAAGUUAGUUGGCAUGCGACACCAUUUGAAGAGAGAUUGGAGAAGGCAUUGUCUGAAGAAACACUCGUCUCACAGAGGAAAAUGGCAAGUGGUUCGCCUAUCAGCUGCAAGGAAAGUGAGGAAUCAGACACAGCCAUAUCUCAGUUUUGUUCUAAAAGCCAGCCAGAUGCCAAUGCUCUCUCCCUCGCGAACGCCGUAGGGUCUUGAUUUGGUUGUUUUCCGUAUUCCGACAAAGAACUUCCUUUGCAGCAACAUGUCACAUUUUAAGUCUGAGUUUUGUUGUCGUUAUAAACUUGACAAUGCCAUCCAUCCAUCAGUUUGUGGUAUCUGGGGGGGAUUGAUUUUCUAAAGUAUGAAGCUGGGGUUGGACUAGUACUGUUUUUUCUCCAUGAAAUUGAACUGCUUUUCAGAUUUGGCACAUGAGAAAUAUGGUUUUCUCCUUCUCUCCUAUUGAUUUGUUCCCGUUUUGACUUCUGAGAUCAAAUUUGGUUAAACUUAAUCCACACAAAAUUGAUGUCAUUAGAUUUGUAUCUAAAUGAAUAUCAUACCCCUUC